AUGGCUCGUACUAAGCAAACCGCUCGCAAAUCUACUGGUGGCAAGGCCCCCCGUAAGCAAUUGGCUACCAAGGCCGCCCGUAAAUCCGCCCCUUCCACUGGUGGUGUCAAGAAGCCCCAUCGUUACAGACCCGGUACCGUCGCUCUUCGUGAAAUCCGUCGUUACCAAAAGUCCACCGAAUUGCUUAUCCGCAAGCUUCCUUUCCAACGUCUUGUUCGUGAAAUCGCUCAGGAUUUCAAGACUGACUUGCGCUUCCAAUCUUCUGCCAUCGGUGCUCUCCAGGAAGCCUCCGAAGCUUACCUCGUCUCCUUGUUCGAAGAUACCAACUUGGCCGCUAUCCACGCCAAGCGUGUGACCAUCCAGCCCAAGGAUAUCCAGUUGGCUCGUCGUCUCCGCGGUGAACGCUCUUAAGCAAACAAAAAAAUCCUUUUCCUUGUUAGACAUUCUCGUCAAGGAAAAAACCGCCAAAACACAAAAGGAUAUGUCUCUUUCAUAAAAAAAAAUUGAUACGUUUCUGUACAGUUACCCCUUUCUCCUCGUCCAUCAAAGUUUUUCUGUAAUUACUCAUCUUAAUCUCCUUUAAAAUAAAUAUGCAUCAGCCAAAAUAUUGUUUUUGUUGUAAAAAUAUGAUCACUU